AUGGCAUAUAUAGAAGACACCGAUGCCCAACUCGUGCUUGAUAAGUAUAUGGAGAAGAAAAACGCCUCACCUGAAUUCUAUUUUGCCCAUGAUGUUGACGAGCUGGACCAACUGUGCCGAAUAUUUUGGGCCGAUCCUAAAGCACGCCACAAUUUCAAGCUAUUUGGUGACACUAUGUCAUUCGACGCCACAUAUGGUACAAACAGGUACAAGUUAGUGUUCGUGCCAUUCACCGGGGUUGACCACCACAAGAAGAGCGUGACAUUCGCAGCAGGACUAAUCGCCCGAGAAGAUGUGGACUCCUACACCUGGCUGCUAGAACACUUCAAGAAGGCAAUGGGAAAAGUUCCGGCAUGCACAGUUACUGACCAAGACCCCGCAAUGAAAGUUGCAAUAGCCAGAGUAUUUGAUUCAACUCGACACAGAUAUUGCAUGUGGCACAUCAUGACAAAGGUCUGCGAGAAGGUAGGGCCAACACUAGCUAAGAGUGAAGGAUUCCUAUCAAGCUUAAACAACGUGGUUUGGAAUGACACGCAAAUAAUUCAGGAAUUUGAAACAGCCUGGCAAACAAUUAUGGUGAAAUAUCAGCUAGUUGAACACAAAUGGUUUACCCACUUGUUUGAGAUACGUGCACAAUGGAUACCAGUAUUCUUCAACGACGUGUUCAUGGGAGGCUUGCUAAGAACAACAUCAAGAUCAGAGUCGGAGAAUAACGUUUUCAGCAAAUGCACUUCCCCCCAUCUAAGUUUAUCAGAGUUCUUCACAAAGUUUGAGAAAGCAAUAUACAAACAACGACACUACCAACUGCAACUAAACGCAGAAAACGAGGGCAAAUUCCCAGAUGUGAGGACACCAUUUUUGAUAGAGCGUCAAGCCGCCACAACGUAUACCAUCGCAGUGUUUUAUGAUGUCCAAAAAGAAAUUGCAGACGCGUGCUUCGCAUCCCAAGUUAUUAAGAAAACAAUUGAAGGAUGCAACAUUCACUUUGAUAUAGAAGACACAGACAAGUCGACACAUUCAGUGGAGUACAACUCUACAAACAGAACAGUACAAUGCACAUGCAAGAUGUUCCACCGGAUUGGGAUACAGUGCAAACAUGUGUUCUUGGCAUUCAAGGCUGCAAAUCUGGACCGAAUACCUAGCCAAUACAUCUUACCACGAUGGUCACGCAAUACAUGUUGGCCCCACACAGAGAUCUACGCAAACAACGACCAGCAUGAUACCCCGGAACACGCGAACGGGAAUACAAGAAUGGGGACCGUAUUUGAUGAGUUCUUCAAGUGUGUCGGGUAUGCAUAUGGUAACAACGAUAAAAUAACAGAGUUGGCACAGCUACUAAAAGCGCACCGAGAGAAAUCAGCUGAAAGCAUAUCCCAAGACAAGCCCAGAGCAUCAAAAACGAGAUCAUACGUAGCUUCUGUGGGUCCACCUCAUCACCAAACAUCAAGGUCCACCCCCCUGCAAUUGCUAAGAACAAGGGUUCUGGAAAGCGUUUCAAGUCAGCAAAGGAGAUUGCAUCAACACUAG